AUUUUUCUCUUUAGGCGUCUAAUAACUAAUUAUCAAGAAAAUCAAAUUUUAAUUAAAUAUAUUUUCCGCACUGCUUCCACUGUUACAUUUGUGAAUAUCAGGUUACCUAAAGUUUAGUGAAUCUAUUUACUGGACAGAUAAAAUAUGUCUAGUGAACCAUCAACAACAGAUCCUGAGAGUCAGUCUGCACCACAAGAUCAAGCAACAUGGUGGUGUAAGAUUCUUGUCAAAAUUGUUGCAGUGAUUGGGGCAAUAGCUGUUGUUGCUUGUUCAAUCACUGUAUUCAUCACAGUACAGCCUCGAUGCCUGGUUGCAGGAAUUUGGAUGCUAUUGAUUGCAAUUAUUAUAAUCAUGUUGGAAGUCCCAUUCUGCUGUCAAGCUUUUGAAUUCACCAAAGGAUUUGCCAAUCGGACCAUGAAUCUGAGAUAUUGGCAUAAGGGUCUUCUGUAUUGCAUAAUUUCAAUGGUACCUGUUGCACUAUGUUUUGGCAUUAUGACAGUAGCUGGAUGUGCUGUUCCAUUCUGCACAGGAGUCAUCUACGGACUGAUGUCUUUGGGGAAAAAGGCAAGCAGAGGAGAAAUGUUAUCAUCUGCAAGAGGAAGUGACACAAAAAAUUUCACUCAAUUUGAAAAUGAAGCAGAAUAAAUAUAAACUUUUCUAUUUAUUACAUUCACAGCAUCAUUAGAAGCCCAAAGUUUAAUAACUAGUUUUUCAGAAAUUUUAACUAGCACUGCUUGCCAAACGUGUACAAGCCAGUUUAUCAGCAAAGAAAAAUCUGUGGAAGGUCUUCCAUGAAAAAGUGAUAUUCUCUUGAGAUAUAUUGUUAAUUUGUCCCACUAGCCAGUGUGAUAGAUUUUAUGACCAAUUUUUCAUUAUGUAUGUAUGUUUAUUCGGCUCGUAAGAGCAAUAUAAAAAAGUUGACCUUUAUCAAUAUCUAAACCGGGAUUUAUUCAUAAGACCAUACUGGCCUAAAACUCAAAUAAAAAAUAUGGUACCUUAUACAGACAGUUUUGCAAAGCAAGAAGUUGGGGCUAGGGUGUGUUGUUAACAGGGGUAAGUGUUAUCAAAAUAAACCUAGGACAAUUUUGGGGCCUCCACAAGGAUGCGCACAACCUGAACACAGUAGGUGUGUACCGGUUAGGAUUCAGGUUGUGCGACAUCUAGGUGCGCAUACUUCUGGACCACCCAAUUUCGUUUGCGUCAAAUAUGUUGACCCGAUGCCGAAUGUGUUGCAGUACCUGCAUCACUAACAAAUCAUAUACGACCUACCAAAAGCAUUUAUCUCAAAUGUCAACUGUAUAUUUGUUUAUUAUUAUAUGUAUUUUUGUGAUUAUUCACAGUGGUAAAUAAAAAUCAUGUUAAAUUUCACUUUUAAUGCAUUAAAGGGGGAAAUAUCUAAAUAAUUUUUAAGUGUGCCAUUUUCGUAUAUAUCAAAUAGUUUUUCAAUUUCAAGUCGAAAUUUGCUUGAAGGUCAUCUCUUGUUAUAUUUUUAUCUUGUCCCAGUGGUUCUUUACACUGUGAAGAUUUGGUGCUGAUACAUUACCAUCUAUUGUCAAGUUUUUUUCUUUGUUGUAUAUAUGGGUUAUAACAAUAAUAUUGUUUUUUUAUAGUUGAAUGUACUGAAUAUUUUAUUAUUGUACUUGUGUGGAAUUGGUUUAGUUUGCGAUUGUAUAUUAUAUAUCAAAUCAUGCUAUGUGGCCAAUUAUUCUUCAUAUAAAUAAUUUUGGAUCUAAGAUUCUCUAAAUACCUAAAAUUCUUUUCAGUUAUAAAGCACUCUAAGAAUCUAUGACUUAUCUCAAUUUCUGGCAUAUUCAAUUUGACUGUCUGACCUCUAGCACUUCACUUUCUGUUUUCUUAUAAUUUUCAUGGUUUCAAAGCAAACAAUAUUGUAUUUAAUUAUAUUAAUUCUUGUUAUUUGUUGCUAUUUCACCUUAUUGCCAUGUGUUAUAAAAAACUUCCUCCAUACUCCUCGACAAUCAACUUGAAUGUAUCUGUAAUGUUGGAAUGGCUAAUGUUAUGCAUAUUUCAAAUAAAACGUCCCAGUACACAAUUAAUAUUAGGGAUAUGGUUCAGGUUAGAACAAAUUUGGAUAAAAAAUAGUAUUCAAGUAACUGCUCGCUCCACUGAUACCUGUUCUGUAGUGAUGGUGUUAUUCAAGGCACAUCUCCUACAUUCACAAAACAUACAUAGGUUUGUCUUUAAUUGAUUUAGUUCAAUAAUGAUUAAUUCUAGUAAACUUGACCAAUUUUUUUUCUUGAUGUUUUGGCUUUCCUGGUAUGAAAUGAUUUAGUAGGCUAAUUGGUACACUAUUUUAUCUUUACAUGUUUACCAAGUAUUUUAUUAUAUCUCUGCUGCGCUUGAAUAAACGUGCUAUAUGUUUA